AUGCCGUCUCACAUCUCCAUUGGAAUUUCUGUUCUCUUCUUGACUGUCUCACAAAGCCUGGGAGAUUCCACUCCGGGUGGCUAUACAGAUCCACGAUGUGUUCGACCGGAAGAGGAGGCUGAGUUUAUUCCAUAUCUCGCACCUGCCCUGAAGGUAUCGCUUCCUCAAUUCGACAUUCAGCAUCUGAGAUUCGUCUCAGUGUCCACGCAGGUUGUCGCCGGAACAAACUACAAAUUUCUGGUUGGUUUGCAAUAUUCCUAA